AUGGCGGACACUGCAGCACGUGCUCUAAAGUUAAAAGUCUUGCCUACCAACGUACAAUUAAAAGGCUUUGGAGGUAUCGCUACGCCGGCUGUAGGACACGUAGAGUUUGAUUUAUACGUGGAUAAAGUCAAAAUUCACACUACAGCCGUUACAACUAAUACUGAUUUAGGAGAUAUCGUGUUACUUAUUGGUCAGCCAGUUAUUAAUGAUAAUACUGUGUCAUUGACAGUAACGCGGACAGGCGCUGAACUUUGUACGACAGAAUAUGAAGUUCCAGUCGGAGACAGUUUGGUGAAGGUGUUUGUGGAGGGCGCGCCACCAGGCGAGCUUUGCACGAAACCACGCCAACACAGCAUCGGUGCAGAGCAUUAUGCAGUAGCCAGUACAUUACUCAGAGGGGGCGUCGGAUAUCUACGUGUCUGCAACAUUGGAGAGGUCCCUUUGAGAUGGAAAAAGGGGGAAACUGUGACAAGGGCAGAGCUCUGUAACGUCUGUGGUGAGGAUGGCCGACUG